AUGUCCGAUCUGAAACCACAGGGCGACAACUUGGCAAUCGACGAACCGAACGACGCCAGUUUUCUGACGCAAAACCUACUUAAAACCGCGAGCGACCCCUCGGCCGAAUAUUGCGGUCUUCUGGGAUUCGAUCGGGCACAGAUACUGAUCUUUUUGUGCCUGAUUGUGCUCAUCGUUGUUGCUCAAUUGGGGACGUACCUGUAUUGGCGGCUAUAUUCGCCGAUAAUAUUUGACUUUUUCGAGAAGGAGCAGCGCGAUAGAGAGGCUAAAGCGGCUGGCGAAAAGGAAAACGGAGGAAGUCAGUUC